CAUGUCUGAUCAGAACCUCUGUCACGGAACGUAAAUGUCACAUGUUACUGCUACUAUCGCUAUGUGUGUAUCCCAUGAAUCUGUCCAAAAAAAAUUGUGACUUCUAAAUGUGAUUUUGGGUUUGCUAAUAAAAUAUAUUUCUAAGUGAAUUCACAAGUAAGACGAGCGUUAGAAAAUGAGUUGUCAUCACAAGGCAAUAUUGCGGGCCAAAGCCGACGAACGUGAUGUGGAUUACGCAGUUUCGGCUUGGUUUUUAAGACCCAGCAUAAUAUUGUCCGAAAAAAUUCCUCUAUGGGAGAGUUGGAAAACGCCAGCCAAAGUAGAUGAAAGAAUUGUGGGAGGAGAAGAAGCUAAUAUAGAAGACUAUCCAUACCAAGUCUCCUACACCUUUAAUAAUUCAUAUUUUUGCGGAGGAUUUAUUGUCAGCGAAAAUUAUAUCCUAACUGCCGGCCACUGUUCUCAAAACGUCGAUCCAUCAACAGUUGUACUACGUGCUGGAAGUUCCUAUCGUCAAAAUGGUACAAUAAUACCAAUAGCAGAAGUAAUGGCACAUCCAGAAUAUGAUGAUCCCGCGUUUGAUAAGGACGUCGGUUUUAUGCGGACAGCUGAACCCAUACAGUUUAGUGACACGAUACAACCAAUACAACUCGCAGAGAGAGAAAGACCACUUGUAGGUGAUAUCCAAGUUACUGGAUGGGGAAGACUCAAGCAAGGACAAAAUCCAAUUCCAAGUAGACUGAUGCGUGUCAAAGUACCCGUUGUUAAUUAUUGGCAGUGUACAUUAUCGUACUUCAGCGUUUUGACCAGGAAUAUGUUCUGUGCUGGCAAUUUCUUCCUUGGAGGACAAGGGACUUGUCAGGGAGACUCUGGAGGCGCCGCAAUACAAGAUGGGAGGGCGGUCGGUAUCGUUUCAUUUGGUAGAGGUUGUGGCCAGGCUUUAUCGCCGAGUGUAUUCGCAAACAUAGCCUCACCAGCAAUACGAGAUUUCAUCACCGAACACACUAAUUUAUAACAAAAGAAUUUGAUAUAAUUGUAAUUUAUAAUUAGGUUUAUUUAUUUUAUUGUGAAUUAUUUAAUACAGUGUAUUAAUUAC